GCGUUGGUUUGAAUGGUUGGUCCCUCGUUGUCGGUCUCCUCAGAGAGUACGAAUGGUUUGGUUACCUCGGAGAUAGAGACCGUGUUCUCCGGUAGUCCUAGCUACCUUUGUGGAGGUUUAAGGUGCCAAGGUGACUCCAAGGUUAAUGGAUUCUGGCCCUACGAUGACAAGGCUAUACUCUUGCUCGAGGCUGGCUGCUGGUGUCGCCGAAAUAUCAAGACUGCUUGCCCGGGUAACCUCGCCGUAGUCAAGAAGUGGCAUUGCCGAGAAAUGGAAGACACCGGCAGUGUGGAAGCAGGGGAUGCUGGACCGAAUACAAGUGCUCCAGAAGAUUGUUUGAAGAAGUGGCCGAGGUUCCUGGCGCGAAAUCCGAAACUGAAGAAUUCAGUUUUCUCGAUUUUGAUAUCAGGAUAACGUGAUGAGCAAAGAGCAGCCCGCGAGGAGAGAGAUCCCGGAGUUACCUUUUAUUGCGGAAAUAUAAAUAUAGAUUAAACGUCGUGUCCGAGGCGUCGUCGAAGGGGCAGCAGGACGUUUUUUACCGAGGCGAUAAAACGCACAGCGGUCGCAUAGGAACAGCCCCUUCAAGUGGAAAAGGGACGAUCGUGCCGGCCACCAGCAGGGGUGGAGAGUCUCGAGGCCGGGACGAUGUCGCGGGUCCCUGCAUGACCAAAAAGGACGUUACGCACGAAAAUGGACAAGACGCGGAGGAGCGCAAUGGCUGUUUUGGCAGAGGUUAUUUUCCGGACGGGCGAUUUCGCCGGCUCAGUGUACUUCGGGGAGACACUACCUCCUUGCUUAAGAAGACGUUACUUCACCCUUAUACGAGGGGCGCGCGGGUCGUCAUAGGUAGUAGGAUCUCGCACGUUUAUUAGACAAACACACCCGAUCUUCUCCCUCGAUUACCGUUUCGGUAAAAUAUCGCGACGUUCUUUGCCCAUCGCGUAUGACGCCGGCUCCACUUUUAGCUAAGAGUCGUUCCGGACUCAGAGCGGCCAACAGCGAGGCGCAGUGUCUUUUGGUCAAAACUAUGUCCGGAGAAAAGUAGAUUCGAGAGAUCGCGCACACGAUAUUUCUUAUUUCGAUAUAUUAGCAUGUACGCGUUUAAUAAAAUGUCUGUAUCGAUUGUAUCGAGCUUUGAAGUGAGAUAUGUACUUGAUUUAUAAGAAUGAAACAUGUACUUCUCCUGAAAUAAAAAUGAU